UUCUCGACAUUCCUCACAAAGUCUCUAUCUCUUGCGUCCUUCGUCGCCUCUCUGCUCUUCGAUUCUCCUCUCUGUAUAAUCUCUGCUUCCGGUCGUCGCUGAAGCAGAGCCGUUUUCUCUGAAGUUUUUGGUUCCGGACGAAUUUGUGUCAAUUUAGCUGAAAUAGAGCUACUGAAGUUGCAUUUCCUCCUGUAAAAUCUCUGCUUCCACUCGCCGCUUAAGCUUACAGUUACGGGCGAAUUUCUUUCCGAUUUAGCUGGAGUGAAUUGAAGUGAUCAUGUCAAAUGCGAAGACUGAGAAGUGUGGUUCGGAAGCUGAAAGUGUGGUCCGGCUGAAGGAUGUGUAUUCGUUCGAGAAUGAUCCUGUGCCGAAGGUGAGGAAACCUUACACCAUUAUGAAACAGAGAGAAAAAUGGACAGAAGAAGAGCACCAGAGGUUUCUUGAAGCUUUGAAAUUGUAUGGGCGGGGUUGGCGUCAAAUUGAAGAACAUGUAGGUACUAAAAAUGCUGUCCAAAUCCGAAGCCAUGCUCAAAAGUUUUUCUCAAAGGUGGUCCGGGAGUCAAACGGUUGUGCUGAGAGCUCCAUUAAGCCAAUUGAGAUACCUCCUCCUCGGCCUAAGAGGAAACCAAUGCAUCCUUAUCCUCGUAAAUCCACAGAUUUACACAAAGGAACACCCGUUUCAAGUCAACCUGGAAGGUCUCCAUCUACAAAUGUAUCGGUUUUGGAUAAGGAUAAUCAAUCUCCCACCUCAAUUUUAUCCCCAUUUGCUUCUGAUACAUUAGGGUCUGCAAUCUCUGAUCAACAAAAUGGAUGUUCCUCACCGACUUCUUGUACCACUGAGAUGCAGUCAACCAAUGUGUUAAUUGCAGAAAAAGAGCAUGAAUAUGUGACGUCUAACUCAUCUCCCGAGGAAGAGAAAGUUUCUAUAUUGUCAGCCAAUCCAAAUAGGGGCAACAUUUUGUCUAUGAAAACUGAGCCUCAGUCCAAGGAGUCUGUGUGUAUUAAAGGAAAUGCAGAACCAGCAGCAGCACCUCCUUGUGCAGGUAUUAAGCUUUUCGGGCAGACAGUUUUGGUAACAGGUUCUCAUAAACCAUAUCUGUCAGGUGCAGAGAGUUGCAAGUCACCGAUAACUGAUAGCAGUGAAGAAGUUCUGAACAUUGACAAUGUGAAUUCAAUUAACAUAUUCCCAUCUCAAAAAUUGGACACACGAUUAUCACUCAGAAUGGUCACUGGUAGCUGCAAGCCUUUUCCAUCUGAAGCCCCCUAUACUGAGCCACAGAAAGAGAACAGCAUUGUGGAAAGCUGCCCCAAUGCUUCUAUGCCAUGUUGGCCUAUUAUGUAUCAAGAACUACCCUUUUUUAACAUCGUUUCAGAUAACCAAAAUACAGCAUCAGCGGCAGUAGAUUCGAUUGUUAAAGACAGGUUCUCGGAGAAGGAAAUGUUGCAUGAAAGAUCUUGUACUGGAUCAAGUACUGGUUCAGUUAGUGGAUCGGAAAAGAGGGAGAAGAACUCAGAAGCUGCAGUUGAUUCUCAUUGUCAACAAUCUUGUUCUCCGGUAGAAACCAGCCCUGGCAACCGUAAAAAAGGGUUUUUACCAUAUAAAAGAUGUUUGCUGGAGGAAGAUAGGAAAUCAUCCAUUGUGGUUUCAGAAGAGCGUGAGAGACAACGAGCUCGAGUAUGCUCAUAGUUCUCGGCAAUAAAUACCUAACCUACUAGUAUCAAGCUGAUUUAGGUAAGCACUCACAAUGAUUUUAUGUUCCAAGGAUAUCUUUUGUGCAUUACGGGUAUACAUAAGUUUUUUCAGCCUCGCAGAAAUCACCAUUACUACGAAAAAGAUACUGAAGAAAAAGUAGAAAAGCAGUAGUUUAUGCCACCAUUUUGUGUAGCCUUUUUUGUCAGUAACCUCAAAAAUGGAUGACCAAAAUUGAAAGAGGCCAAUUGCAUCGUCAAGGUUUGAACGUGAAGCUGCAGAGUGCUUUUUUAAAAAAAAAAAAAUCAGGCCUUGGAAUUGUUCCAUAAUGAUUUUUUUACCGUAACAUAUGUAUCUGAAUGUUUCUUGAGCAUGAUAUUUCGAAGUACAGCAAGAUGUGACUUCGUUUCAAUACAAAAUUCUUCUUUCUUCCCUA